AUGAAAAUAAAAGCGCGGAAAAGUUCCGGUGAGCAAACAUUAGAUAGUGCUGAGAGAUCGGAAAAUAUAUGGAAACAAAAGCAACUUUUAUUGCUCUCAUUUUUAUGUCGUAUUAUUUUGGUGUAUUAUGGGUGUAUCCAUGAUUACUUAUUUGAGGUGCAAUUUACCGACAUUGAUUAUAAAGUUUAUUCGGAUGCAGCAGAAUACAUUUAUCGUGGACAAUCGCCAUAUAAGCGAGCAGCCUAUCGUUAUACACCAUUAUUGGCUUGGCUAUUAACCCCAGUAGUAAAAUGGCCUGAUUUUGGAAAAUUUUUAUUUUGUGCCGCAGAUGUAGCAAAUGGUUUUUUGUAUUUCGAGUUAGCAGCAUGUAGUCAAACGAUGCGCAAGGACGAAAAUAAGUCCAGGAUGAAAAAAAGUGUGGUAGUAUUUUGGCUUGCAAAUCCAUUAACAGCUAUAAUAUCAGCAAGAGGUAAUGCUGACGUGCUUGUAUGUGCUGUCGUUCUGUGGACUUUAUAUUUGCUUAUGCGGAAUCAGUGGUGGUUGGCAGCCUUGGUUUAUGGACUGCUAGCAGUACACUUGAAAUUAUAUCCAAUUAUUUAUUUACCUUCCAUUUACCUUUCUCUGUCCAAUGUUUCUUUAUCAUCUGGAUGGAUCGAUUAUGGCAAGCGACUGAUUUCAAAUAUGAAAGGAUAUAUUUUUGUAUUGAUAUUUUGUUGUAGUUUAUUGACAUUAGUGAUCAUAUUUUAUAUGUUAUAUGGUAUGCCUUACAUUAACGAAGCAUUAUUUUAUCAUUUUUACCGCACUGAUACACGACAUAAUUUUUCGCCCUACUUUUACUUAUUGUAUUUGACAGCCAAUAAUGCACAAAUAUCUCGGCUUAUAAGUUUUUGCGCUUUCAUACCCCAAGUUUCACUCAUCAUUUAUCUUGCUUUCAGAUUUCAUGAUGAUCUCCCAUUUUGUUGGCUAAUUACAACGGCCGUAUUUGUUUCGUUUAAUAAAGUAUGCACUAGCCAGUAUUUCAUUUGGUAUAUUUGUUUGUUACCGAUUGCUCAACGAAGUAUCGAAAUUUCAACAGUGGAAGCAGUAUACUUGAUAAUUUUAUGGUUCUUGGGACAAGCGUUUUGGCUUUAUCCUGCUUAUUUGUUCGAAUUUCAAGGGUUGAAUACAUUCUAUUUAAUUUGGCUUUCUUCAUUGUUCUUCCUUACGAUCAAUACAGGAAUUAUUGUUCAGCUAAUUCGACGACAUAAUUGUAAAAGAAGUUGUGGAAUAGUUGGAUAA